GCGUGAUAAAACAAGAAAUAUCAUUGAAAUUAAAAUUGACUUCCCAUUCACUCGUUAAAAAUUGAUAAAAUAUAUGUGCUUCUAAAAACAACGCGAAUAUUUAUAAAUAAAUAUUAGAAAUUAGUGAUUUCUCGGUCUCUUAUUUAGUUUUAAAUUUUGAAAAAUGAGGUUUUGUGGAAUUCUUGUAGUGUUUAUUUUAAUAAUGUGUGUAGGGUGCUUUAGAAAAAGGCCUGAGGACAAGACUAAGUGCCCUAAAGUGAAAGCAAUUCGAAAUUUUAAUAUAGAAGACUUGUUAGGACAAUGGUACGUCAUUGAAUACUACGCAAGUUCUGAAGAAGCUCUAGCCUACAGAUGUAUGAGGGCUGAGUUUACUAUGUCGUCUCUGGAAGAAAUAACCAUGAAUUUCACGUAUAGCUUCACCGAUGAUCCCUUGAAUGAACAACUCCUAGGCAACAUAACUUGGAUCAUUCCAAACCCUAUAGAACCCGCUCAUUGGACUCAUUCAGAGGAUACUUAUGAAGGUGUGUAUAACACAUACGUCUUAGAUUCAGACUAUAUUUCUUGGGCUUUACUUCUUCACUGUGCUGAGAAAUCUAAAGUUCCAAGAUAUUUAUCAAGCUUUAUUAUGAGCAGGGAGCCGACUUUAGGAAUUAAUGUCAUAUCAUAUCUAAGAGAUAAACUUCCCAGAUACGACAUUGAUCUGUCAUACAUGUUUAACAUGACACAACAUGAUUGUAAUGCUACAACUUUGGACAGUAUUUCACCAGCCAUUCUAUUGAACUUGGACAGACCAAAAGAAAUAGGAACAAGACGGCAUCCUAUGAAACACUUCCAUGGAUAAAAAUAAUUAUGUUUACGUAUUUUAUGUAGAUGUAUUAUGGUUUUAUACUUAAUAAAUAUAAUUUUUUAAACAUA